CUUACCAAUUCUAAACGCCUCUCUCUCUAUUUCUUAAGCUUUCUCUCUCUAACGGCGAAGCCAUGGGUUAUCCGGUAGGAUACACUGAGCUCCUCCUCCCAAGAAUCUUCCUUCACUUACUCUCUCUCUUAGGCUUAAUCCGAACACUCAUAGACACUGGUUUUCGAAUAUUGGGUCUACCCGACUUCCUCGAAUCCGACCCGGUUUCAUCGUCAUCAUCAUGGCCGGAACCACCGUCUAUGUCCACGGCAGCACAUCAUCUCCAAGAAAGCUCAUUUUUCAUUCCAGUAGCGGCGAGGCUAGCCGGAGAAAUCUUACCCGUUAUCAGAUUCUCGGAGCUGAACCGACCCGGAUUCGGAUCCGGAUCAGAUUGCUGCGCGGUGUGCCUCCACGAGUUCGAGAACGAAGACGAGAUCCGACGGCUGACGAAUUGCCAACACAUAUUUCAUCGGAGCUGUUUGGACCGUUGGAUGAUGGGUUAUAAUCAGAUGACGUGUCCACUUUGUAGAACGCCGUUUAUUCCUGAUGAGUUACAAGUUGCUUUUAACCAACGAGUUUGGUCUGAAUCUGAACUUCUCGCAGAAUCAACUUAGAAUCUUCUUUUUUUCUUUUUCUUUUUUUAGUGGAAUUAGUUUCUGCAAAUGGGAAAAUAAUUUCUUUCUUAUUUU